AUGAACAAUAACUCAAGAUCAAAGACAGAGCUUAAGAGCAAACUUGGGAAAAGAAAGAAGAAUGAAGAAUCAAUUGAAGAUGAAAAUGACAAUUAAAUGUAGUCUAACUCAAAGAUCCAAAAGAAAAAAUAGGGUUCAGAUAGGAAGAGAAAAAGAGAUUAAAGUGAGUCUAAGUCAUCGAUUUCAAAGGAUGCUGAUUUGGAUGACUAAUAAGAGGGAGAUGAUGAGGAAGGGUCAGGAAUUGAUGAUGAAGAUGAGGACGACGAGUAUGAUGAUGAGGAGGAAGAGGACGAUGAAAUGAACGAUUUUAUUGCAGAUGAUGAGGAAGUAGAAGAAGAAUUGGUCAAGCAGCUAGAGGAUGAGCGGCGCUAAAGUAGAGGAGACCGUAAAAAAAGAAAGAGAAAAUCAGAAAAAACUCAUAUUUUGCCUGACGAGGAAGAUUUAGAACUAAUUUUGCAGAACACCGGAGUUGAGAUUUAAAGAAAGAGAAAGAAAUUGAGAAAAAAUAUUGAUUAGGAGAUAGAGUCUCAAAAAAGUGAUACAGAUCAAAGAUAAUCAAACCCUGAUUAUGCUUAAAACAGAUAUAAAAAAACAAGAAGUCCAGGAGAUCAGGACUCACCUGAUAGAUAAGAGGAGCAAAUUGACACUAGUCUACAAAGAUAGAGGUAGCAGAUGAGAUUGUAGAGAGAUAAAAUAUAUCCUGAAUAGAAUAUAGACAAUAGAAUUGAUCCAGAUAGAGCAGCUGCUGCCAGAAUGAUCUUUGAAGACCGUGAAGUGCUUAAAGAUAGGAUGCUUAAAGCUCAAAAAUAAAGAGAAGAUGCAACGAAAUAAGAUCAAAGAGGAUAGCUUGAGGAACUUUUUGAUGGAGAUGAAAUAGACGAUUAGUUUGCAACUCGUAAUGACAAGGCUAUAGCUGAUAAAGAUAUUCCUGAAAUGCUAUAAAUUAAAAUUGCUGAUCGUCUCUAGGAGAACUUUCCAAAUAUUGAGAAAGAUAUAGCAAAUGAGGUAGAUUGGAUUCUUCACAGGAUAGUAGAUGAUACCAAAAGAGACAAUUUACUUCACUAUGAGGAUCAAGUCAAAACCAAAAUAGCCUAGAUAAUCAAAUAUUUUAGAUGCGAUUACAUGGAUAUUCCCUAUAUCUCUAAAUACAGAAAGUUUGAGUUCGCUAAGUAUUUAAAUGAGCAAGACAUUUGGACAAUAUACAAUCUUGAUUUGGAAUAUGGUAAAUUCCAAUAAUAGCUUGGAUAGAUGAAAGCAACUCUUAUAAAGCUUGCUAAUAUUGAUCCAAGAUUAUCAGAUCUUGUCAAUAGUAUUAGUAAAGUGAAAAAUCUUCAACAAUUGAAUAACUACUCACCUCUGAUAAAAUUCCUGAAAUCAUACUACCACAAGGAACUUCAAACACUUAAUGAGGAUAAGAGUAAAAAACUUCCAUUUAAAUCUGACAAUGUUCAAAGCUAUAGAAACGGCAAAAUAGAUGAACUUGCUUCAAGACUUUUCUUAGAUCCUAUGCUCUUUAUUGAAAAUUUGAUGAACAACAGUAUUAUUCAUGAAUUGAAGUGCAAUAAAACAGGAUUAGACGUGAUAUCUGAACCUUAUAUAAGACCUGAUUUCCUAAUCAAAUAGGCUCUACAGUGCGCUAUUAAAUACUAAGCAACAGCGCUUAGCGUUUAGCCUUAUUUGAGAGCUUAGGCAAAGAAGCAUCUCUAUCUUAUUGGCCAUUUAACCACUGAGCCAACAGAGCAGGGCAAAAAGGAUCUUGAUCCAUUCCAUCCUAGUUAUAGAGUCAAGAGGAUUACCAAAUAACCAUUGAAUGACUUCUUCAACAUCGACUCCUUAAAAGAUAUUUAUCUCGACAUUAUUCAAAAUGAAAAGAGUGGCGCCAUUAAAGUGACUAUAUAAUACGAUUAAAGUCAAAAAGAACUCUUUGUCUAAAACUUAUACGAGAAGUACAGAUCUUUGGACGCUGAUAAUUAUCACAAAUAAAUAUAAGAUGAGUCUAUCAGAAUGAUGGCUUAUGAAAUUCUAAUUCCUGACUUGACUCAAGAAAUUAGAGAUGAACUCAGAUAAAGCUCUGAAAGUAAUGUGAUAUAAGUGUGCCAGUAGACUUAUAGGGACUUACUUAUGACUGGUCCAUUCUCAUGUGAAGAAUUCUCCAAAACAUCUAGAGAUGAGAGAGAAUCAGGAGGAUUCCCUGGUAAAUCUAGGAAACCUGAUGAGGACAGUUAUGCAUACAUCCCAGAUAGACCGAGAUGCACAGUAAUGGGAGUUAUCAUAUAAUAGCUUGACAGUAUAAACCAAAUCGUUUCAGUGGCUAUCGUAGAUAAAUAUGGUGAAUUAGUUGGUUAGGCAGACCUAUUGCACCUUAUGCCUCCAAGAAAGUUUAAUCUCUAAUAGAAUCCAGGAGCAACAGAUGAAGAAGAUUAAAGAUAUAAGAAAGCUAAGCUAUAGCAUGAGGAAGAAAACAAAGAACAUGAGACUGAUAAAGAUAAAAUAAAGGAAAUGAUCCUAAAGCAUUCAGUUGAUUUGAUAGUAGUGGGUGCAAAUAAACUUGCAGCUAGAUAAAUUAAAAAGGUCCUGAGUUCUGUUGCAGAGGGACUCAAAAACUAUGCAGGAUUUAGGGAUGAUUUAGGAGAUACUAGAAAAGGUAAUAAAAAGACUCAUAGAGACUAUGAAAAUGAAUCGAGAAGAGAGGCAUUUGUAAUCUGGGGUAACCUAGAUAUCCCAAAGCUAUUUGCUAAUAGCCAUUAGAGCAAGAAAAUGUUUAAGAAUCAGCACCUAAUUCUAAAAUAAGCUGUAAGCCUGGCGAGAUUUGAAUAGGAUCCAAUGAAUGAAAUCCUGAAUCUUUGGAGUUUCGUGCCUUCGGAAAAUUAGACUCUGUAACUGAAUCUGCAUCCUCUUCAAAAGUAGAUUAACUAAGCUAAAUUGUCAGAUGCUCUCGAGGAAGUUAACAUUAAAUGCGUUAAUGCUGUAGGAAUUGAUAUUAAUCUCUUGCUAGAUCAUGAUCACAUGCACAUUUUACUUAGCUUUGUGUGCGGGUUCGGACCAAGAAAGGCAAAACUAUUCAUUUAAACUUUAAAAUCAAGAGGAGAGAAGCUAACCCAAAGAAUAAAAAUAUUUGAACUAUUAUAACAGAAGUGCUUAUACUUGUCAUCAGGAUUUAUAAAAAUCAGGUGUAAUGAAGAAGAAAGAUAGUGUGAUGUUCUUGACUAAACUAGAAUUCAUCCUGAAUCCUACUUAUAAGCUCACAAAAUAGCCAAGGACUUAGUUUUCAAAGGACAGGAGGUUGAUAUGAUUCACUCAUAGAGGGCCAUUAUAUCUGUCAUAAAUAAUCCAAAAAGACUAAAGGAAUUAGACAUUAAAUAGUAUAGUCUAGAGCUUGAAAAAACUGAGCAAUAAAACAUGCUUAUUCUUGUUGAGUAUAUUGUAGAUGAGCUCUCUGACCCAUUCAAAGAUCCUAGAGAUUAUAGAACUCAUACUAAACUUACUAUUACAAAUGAAGAUCUCUUCUAUAUGUUGAUUGACGAGACUAAUAAAACUUUUAAAAAAGGAAUGAUAGUCACAGCCACUGUUUCAAAAGUAUUUGAUAACAUGGUACUUUGUAAACUUGACAAUGGUCUUGAUGCAACUAUCUAGAAAAAUGAUCUUGAAAAGACUGAUGAUAGACUUUAAAAUAUGAUUCAACCUGGUCAUGUAAUAACAGGUAGAAUUCAUGAACUUAAAUUCUAAGAUGAAAAUAAGUUUGGAAUAUAAUUGAACUGCAAAAAGAAAGACCUAGAAAGCCACCAAGAAUAUGUAGAUAAAAACUAUGUACCAAAGGAGGAUUGGAUAAAUCAUGCCUUUUAGCCUGAUAAGAAAGCUCAUUAGUAAGGAAGGUUUGUUCCAAGAAGGAUAGCUCAUCCAAGCUUUAAAAAUGUUCCCUCAGCAAAAGCAAUAAUGGAGCUUUAGGAUAAGGAAAUAGGAGAAUUCUUAUUUAGACCAUCUUCAUUAGGUGAGAACAAUAUCACAUUAACUUGGAAAUUCUACACUGGAAAUAUAGUCCACAUUAAUAUUGUUGAGCAUGAGAAACCAGUAGGAGCCUCAAUUGGUUCAAAGCUCAGCAUAAAUGAUGAAGUAUUUGAGAAUCUUUAAGAAAUCAUAGAGAGAUAUAUCAUGCCUUGCAACAGGCAUGUCAGAGAAGCAUGUAAUAACUCUAAAUUUAAAGCGUGUGAUUCAUAAGAAGAGCUUGAAAGAAUCCUGAGAGAUGAGAAAAGUGCUGAUUAAAGCAGGAUUCCUUAUAGAAUUACAAUCUUGCCAAACUAUCCAUAGCAUAUUGUCCUAGGUUAUAUUCCUAAGAUACAUCUGAUUAAGGAAUAUAUCAAGGAAUAUGUGAGACAUAUGAAGAGACAAAGAUCUCCAGUGGCAAGAGUUCAUAAAACUGAAGUGAUACCAUCCAAUGAUAUAAAUAGGGAUUCUCAGGUUUCUAGAGAAAAGAAAGACUGGGGCUCAAUAGACAAACAAUGGACUACUAAAUCAGGAGCAAAUAGUGUUCACAGCAUGAAUGAGGAAAAUGAAGCAAAUACUCAAUACGCUAGAUCUACAUUCAAGCAAGGAGAUCAUGGAGCCUCAAGAUAUGGAGGUAAUUCUGUGAAUCCUGGCUACUCAGAGUAUGGAAAUAAUGAUAAUCACGAACAAAGGGGCAGAGGAGACAGGACAUGCUUUAUUUGUAAAGAGCCUGGACAUAUUUCAAGUGAUUGCCCAUAAAAGUAGUAAAGAUCUUUUGGCAGAGGAAGAGGUGGAAACAACAGAGAAAAUUAAACAUCUUUUGGAAGAGGUUAGAGAAGAUAAGAAUAACCUGCUAACGAUUAAAUAAUGGAAGUAGAUGAGGAUAACUAAGGAAGCAAAUGGCCUCAAUAUUAGAGCAGCUAGUCCAACGUCAAUAAUGAUACUUCAACAGGAUGGAAUGUUGAUAAUGCUACUACUUAAGUUAGAGGUUCCUAGGAUGAAUCUAAUGAGCAGACUAUGGGGGGCUGGGGAUAAAAGACUCCCUCAAGAAAUGAGCAAAUUAGCUCCUCUUAAUGGUAGCCAGAGCCUACUCUUCCUGGCAAUGACUUUAAUGAGGAUAGAGGAUAUUCACCUAAAUCCUAAAGGUCUCAAGAUGAAGGGGGUAGAGGAAGAGGUCGUGGAAGAGGAUAUGGUAGAGGAAAUGGAGGCUCAGGAGGAGGAGGAAGCUAAUGCUUCAAAUGCUAAUAGACUGGCCACAUGGCCAGAGAUUGCCCAAAUCCUGACACUAGAAAUCAAGGCCGUAGUAGAGGUGGAUGCUUUAAAUGUAACGAGGAGGGACACAUGGCUAGAGACUGUCCAAAUGCUGAUCAGAGAGACGAUAAUCGUGGUGCUGGUCGUGGAAGAGGAAGAGGUAGAGGAAGAGAAUGCCACAAAUGCUAGCAAGAGGGUCACUUUGCAAGAGAAUGUCCAAACGACUAACAAAAUGGAGAGAGACCUUACAAAAGAUAAAGGAGAGAUGAUGGUGGCUCAGCUAGAAGAGAUGAUCAACAGGAAUGGAGAACAAAUGCAGACAACGAUAACAAUUAAAAUUAGGAAAGUGGAGGAUGGUGA